GAGGGCGGCGCGGGCGCCAUUUUGUGCUCAGCCCCCGGAGGAAGCGGCGGCGGCGGCCACGGGAGCGCAGCGGUGCCCGGAGCGCGCGAUUUUUUUGAGCCGGCGGCGACCGCCCGCGUCCACCCCGCGCCACCAUGGCCAGCAACGUGACCAACAAGACGGACCCGCGGUCGCUCAACUCGCGGGUGUUCAUCGGCAACCUCAACACGCUGGUGGUGAAGAAGAGCGACGUGGAGGCCAUUUUCUCCAAGUACGGCAAGAUCGUGGGCUGCUCGGUGCACAAGGGCUUCGCCUUCGUGCAGUACGUCAACGAGCGCAACGCCCGCGCCGCCGUGGCCGGAGAGGACGGGCGCAUGAUCGCCGGCCAGGUGCUCGGUGAGCUCUGCGGUCAGCCCGGGGGGAU